UACUAUGCGACUAUGACUCAAACACACAAUUUCAUUCACCUACAUUAUGCUGCCAAAUUUUAAUUUUAUUCUGUCCCUCAUUAUUUUACAAUAAUCAUUUAUCUACACUCCAACCCUUCACUCUAUUCCCCUCUUCCCUUGGUUUCUUAACCCACCUCAGAUUUGAAUCACCUCAAUGCCACUCCAACAAAAUACCCUCAAAAUCAAAUCAAAUUCUCUCCCAUUUUAACAAAACUUGUUCAACUUAAUUCAAAUUCUUGUUUGUUAAUUUCAUUCUUUUUUCAUUAUGGCUCAAAAGUACUUACAUGAGCUACUAAAGGAAGAUCAAGAACCAUUUUUUCUCAACAACUACAUUUCAGAUAAACGUAACCAAAUGAAAAUCACUACUACUUUACAACUCAACAAAAAACCAAUAAACUCAAAAUUCAACAUAAAUCUAUGUAAAAACACUUCUUGUUUUUUCUCAUUUCCACAAACACCAGACUUCAAAAAAUCACCACUUUUUGAACUAACUUCACCUGUUAAAAGUCCUUGCAAAAUCCCUUCUAGAACUGCAACUCUUCUUCUUGAAGCUGCUCUUAGGAUCCACAAACAUUCAUCAUCUUCUUCUUCAAAUCAUAAAACUAAAAACAAAGGUUUUGGUCUAUUUGGGUCUUUAUUCAAGAAACUCAAGCAAAGAAACCAGAACCGUAAACUUGAAUUAGAGACUGAAAAUGUUUCUGUGAAAGAUAUAUUGAAGUGGGAUUCUUCUGUGAAACGUAGAGAAAGAGUGGUUUCUCUUUCUCAGAAAGAAAAUGAAGAUAAAUCAUUGGAAAUGGAAACUUCUUGUAGUGGUUACUCUGAAGAUAUUAUUCAUGAAGCUUGUGCUUGUUAUCACCAUGCUUUUUCUGAAAGCCCUUUUCGUUUUGUUCUUCAAACUAGUCCUUGUUCCGGUAGCCGCACGCCGGAGUUAGCGUCGCCGAGUCGUCACAUAAUAGAGGACAAAGAAAGCAAUGAAGGUGAGAUUCUCAAUCAAUUCAAGUCAGGGGAAGAAGAGGAAGAAGAUAAGGAACAGUGUAGUCCAGUCUGUGUUUUAGACCCACCAUUUAAGGACGAUGACGACGAAGGACAUAUAAACGAUGAAGAUGAAGAUGAUGAUGAUGAUGAUGGUGGUGAUUUUGAUUUGGAGAGCAGUUAUGCCAUUGUUCAGAGAGCAAGGCAGCAGAUAUUGUACAAGCUUAGCCGAUUUGAGAAACUCGCGGAGUUGGAUCCAUUAGAACUUGAAAAAAGAAUGUUGGAGGAACAAGAGGACGAGGACGAGGAUGAAACAUAUAUGGAAGAGGAUGAUGUUGAAGAUGAGGAAAUGGAUGAUGUAUCAUGUGAACAAAAUGAUUUCAAACAUUUGGUUUUUGAAGCUGUCUAUCUGUCAAUGGUCCAUGACAGACAGAAAAUUCCACAAGAGUUUAAGAAACUGAUUUCUGAUCUUAUUUUGGAAGAAGAAAGAGAAUUUAACUCUUUAGAAGAGAGAGACAUAGUGAUAACUAAGAUAUGCAAGAGGCUAGAAUCAUGGAAAGAAGUGGAGUCAAACACAAUUGAUAUGAUGAUAGAAGAGGAUUUUUCUGUAGAGGAUGAAGGGUGGAAGAAAAAUGUUGAACAGAUAAGGAAUAUGGCUUGUGAGCUUGAGUUUGCUAUCUUUAGCAUUUUGGUGGAGGAAUUUUCAGAUGAAUUAGUAUGUUAAUUUGGGUAAAUUUUGAAACUAAGUAUGAACGGAUUAUCUUUAUUCUUUAUCUUAGAAGAAUAUAGUCUAACAUUGGAUGUAUUGGGAUUAUUAGGCUAGUUAGAAAAAAAGUUAAAAAAAAGUUACCCAAGAAUAUAAUUUGGGUUUAUGUACAUGGUGACUCAUGUUUGCUUAAUUAAGUUUUAUAAUUUUGACCCUCCUUGAUCA